GCCAGCGCCUCGGGGAUCCGCGAGAUUGCCCGCGCGGGCUUCCACGCUGGCGCGUCCUGGGCGCUGCUGCCCAGCUGCCCUGCGGCGCCUCCUUGCCCGCCGUACCCGCCUUGCCCCGCGUGCUUCUGCACGUGCGGGGAGGGAGGCGGGCCGGUGUGCGACGCGCUCGCCGACGCGCUCGUCGGGGCGCUGCGCGAGGCGGUGGAGGGCUGUAUCGGCUGGGGAGCCGCGAUAGCGCUGGUGCUGCUCGCGUUGCUCGCUGAUUUCGGUCUCGGACGCCUCAGCCUCGCCGCGGCAGCUCGCCUCGAGCCUCGCGAUGGGGACGACCUCUGGCACGAGCGGAUCCUGCUGUACCCAGCAGCCAGUGAGGCCGCUGGCGCCGGGCUCCCAGGAGCCUGCUGGGUGGUGUACACUCCCGACCACGACAUGUACAUCGAGGAGCUCGAGGGAGGCUCGCCCGACGACAGUCCCGUCGAGUGGCUGGAGAUGCCGCGCGACUUGCGGCUGCCCAGUGGGCUCGGGCGGGCGUAUCGCUUCGAGGAGUCUCCGACGGAGGAGGUGAUGAAGGGCCUCUACCGUCGGGCCUUCUCGGCCGCCCAAGCCGAUGCGGAGGCGCGCGGGGUGCUGCUGGAGGCGCCGGUGGCGGUGCGAACGGCCGCAGGAAGAGACGCGGCGGUGCAUGAGGCGCUCGGGGCCAAUUUCUUCGGCGGCCGACGGAUGACGGGCAAGAGACCGCCUUUGGGGCUGGACCUCGGAGGAGACCACGGAGGCCACGCUGGACCGGGAGCUGCGGCCGCGGAGGCCAUCGGCGACAGCGGCGCCCCUGGGCCUGCGGUUGAGGGCACCAGCACGCCGCGCUCGAGCGGCCGCGUCUGGCGAGCAGCCGAGGCCGACGAGCGCUGCCGCAUCGCGCUCGGGGACGAGUUAGGGCCUCCUGCUCAUUCGCUCUGUGGCAAAGGGCUGUACUUGGCGGCGCCCGGGCGAGCCGUGGUGGUGCACCUGACGGGGCUCGACCAGGACUCUUUCGUGAUGAGCAUGCGAGGAGGCGAAGGCCACCCCGUCAGUGCUGGCGCCGAGAACGGAGGCGGAGGGGAUGCUCGAACCUUGACGGUGAAGAGUGGGCCGCGGGGCCGAGGCCGUGAGUGGCGCGAGGUGGUGGGCGCCUGUGAGGAGGAGCCCUUCGGUGACUUCCCGGUGGCGGGGCCACGGUCAGCUUGGUGGUGCUUGGACUUCUUGCGGCGGCGGCACACCCCCACGGAUCAUCACUUGAUGUUCAAGACGACGGCGCGGCUCCAGUCGGAGCAGUGGGGGGCGCAGGAACACGAGCAGCUCAUGAAGUACAUCGAGCUGGCCGGCACCUACGACCAGCUGGACCUCAGCAACUGUGCCUUCGCCGAGGCGAUCUUUCGGCGGGCGCAGACCAUCGAGUGGAGCUACCGCGAUCGGUUGCGGGAGGCCAACUCGGCCAGCUCCAAGGACAAGAUGAGUCCCGAGGAGUUCUCGGCCUUCAGCGGCUUCAGCAAGGCUGGGGACCUGCUGAUGGUGGCCCCCACGCUCCUCGAGUUCGUGAAGGGCCAGGUCGAGAAGGACGCCGCCAUCAUGAAGAACAUCAGGCCGCCGAGCCCCGGGGCUCUCCUGCAUGCGUACCUGGGCGAAUUCAAUUCGACGGAGUUCCAGACCGUCGAGACCUUUUCCCUGUCCCGCUGCUUCGGGGCGGCCUGGCUCCCGCGGAGGGCGUGGCGAGCCGCUCGGUUCGGCGCCGGCUGCUGCGGCGCGACGCUCAUGUGGCUGAAGCCAACCGCGCCCUUGGGGCCCUCAAUGAUCUGGCUGGUCGGCCCGGGGCGCCCGGCGCUCCUGGCCUGGCGGAGCGGAGCCCUCCGUGAGCUCCGCGGUGCUGGCGUGUACGAGGACAUCGACUCGCCAGUCGUCAGCUUCGACGAUUCCCUCGUCUCGCUGCCUGAGGCCGGCAACGUCCCCGUGCCGCUUGGGGGGCCGGUUGCAGGCGUGGGCGAUUUCGACGUCGAGGCAGCAACACACGAGCAGCUCCUUCCACGCAAGGAUGCGGAGUCCAACCUCUCCGAGGCUCCGCGACAGCCGUACAUGGAUGCUAUCCUACGAGCUCAGCCACACGCCUAUGCUGGGCUGGUGCGGCGCUUGCACGCGGCGGGGAUGGUGACCUUCUCAGCCGCGCCGCGUGAGAGGCGCGGCCUCUUCUUCGUGCGUAAGAAGUCUGGCAAGCAGCGCAUGGUGAUAGACUGCCGACGGGCCAACUGCUGGUUCAGGAGGCCUUCGACAGUCGCGCUGGCGACAGGCUCUGCACUGGAAGAGCUGGCCGUGCCAGAGGGUGAGCAGCUCUACGUCGGUCACGUGGAUAUCUGCGACGCCUUCUACCACUUCGGCUUGCCUGAGGCUUUCCGUGAUUACUUCGCUCUGCCGGCGGUGAAGGCAGGUGAUGUGGGGCUGACUGUCCUGGGCGGAAGGUCCCUCGCGCCUGGCAGUCGUGUGUGGCCAGUCCUGGCGGUGUUGCCCAUGGGCUGGUCGCAUGCGCUGUGCUGGUGCCAGACCAUUCACCGCGGGAUCGUGAGCUCCAUCCCCGCGCUGCUCGACGUUCCGUUCAUGUCGGCCAAGAGUGUAGUGCCGCCGGUGCAGCCACUGGCGAUGACUAUAUACGUGGAUAAUGUUCUCGCCUUGGGCACGGAUCCCGAGGCCGUUUCCCGCGCAGUGAAGCUCGUCAACGCUGCCUUGACGUCCAGGGGGUCCGUCUAUGCCUUCAUUCGGCGGCUGGGCCACUGUACCGCGGUCCCUCUUUGGGAGUCCGUCCGAUGGGAGUUAAAUACGUUCUCGAGUUUGCUGUGUCUGAUUUCCAGGAAGCUGCAGGUGUCAUGGAGUUCUAAGGUGAUGUGCGCGGACGCGUCCUUUUGGGGCUUCGGACUGUUCUGCAAGGACCUCGACAAGGACCUCGUGGGCUCGAUGGGCGGUUUCUCAGAACGGUGGCGUUUCUUGGGCGACAGCAAGGUGCUCUCCAGGGCUUGGGCUGCAGGCUCCAGUGAGGACGAGAUCAUGACGAAGCCUCUGGAGAGCUCCAAGGACUUCCAGCAGUUCGUGGGGGAUGAGGAGGCUAGCAAGGAGGCCCGCACGCGGGCCGCUGGACGUCUUCCCGAAGCGGUUCGUGAGGAAGGUUGGGCUGUAGUGGGCUCGCACAAGUGGGGAUCUCCGCCUGAGAACAUCGUGGAGGGGGAGGCCAGGGCUAUUGCGUUUGGGGUAAAGCACAUUUGCAGAUCCACGAAGGCCUUUGAGUGUCACCACCUCCUGCUAUCCGACUCGCUCUCGUCUGUCUUGGCUCUGGGCAAGGGCCGAUCCUCUGCCCCCGGCGUCAGCGGCGCGCUGCGCUCCGUGGCAGCGCAUGGCUGCGGCGCGCUGGAUACGCUCGCGCUGGAGUCGGCCAGGCUGGAGCGUCGCCAGGCGGCUGCCCCGGCGGGAGAGGCCCGCUCGGUCCCGAGGACCCGCCCGGUGCCGCCGAGCCAGGCGACGUCAGCGCCGUCGCUUCGGAGGCUUCUCUGCGACGACCUGGCUGGCUCGCCACCGCUCUCCGAGGCGCGGGCACCGCCUGCGGCCGACAAGGUGAAGCGGAGGAAGCUGGCCCGGCGCGGAGCCAAGCUGGCCGAAGCGGGGACGCUGGACGUGCUACGGCUGAGCACGGUGCGGACGCAGACAGUGAGGUCGAGGUACCAGCAGCUGGCCGCCGAGUUCGACGAGUGGCUGGCGGAGCAAGGGUUACCUGCGCGGCCGACGUUCUCCUUCGACGAGCGGAGGAUGAUCCCGCUGGCGCCCGAGGCUGCCGCCGAGCUGGACUGCAGCCUUGCGGAGUGGAUGUUGGGGCAGUACCUGGAGGGCGUCGAUCACUGGCGCGGAGUGCAGAUGCUGGCCGCCCUGCAGUGGAGCGACCCGCGGCUCGGCCGCGACGGCGGGGCUCGUCUGCCCGGGGCCAGGCAGUCGCUCCGGGGCUGGAAGGUGCUGACGCCGCCGUUGACGAGACUGCCGCUCCCCGAGGAGGUCGUUGCCGCCCUGGCUUGCGAGCUGGUGAGCAUGGGCCUGUGGGAGGCGGCGGCGUGCGUGGUCCUGUCGAUGGUGUUCUACAUGCGACCAGGCGAGUGGGGCCGCGUGCGAGUCAAGCACGCGAUCGCGCCUCGCGCCUCGGGAAGCCAGGCCCUGCGACAGUGGGCCCUGGUGCUGCACCCACGCGACGGCGAGGAGGCGCGGCCCAGCAAGACGGCAGAGUUCGACGAGAGUCUCGUGCUGGACCUCACCUGCGACCUGUGGCUGGGGGCAGUGCUGCGGAGACUGACCGCUGCGAAGCCGCCAGACGCCGCGCUGUUCAGCUUCUCGGCAGAGGAAUUCGCCGCGUUCUUCAGGCGCGCGGCCCGCCGCCUCGGCCUAGAGCCCGCGCCGAUGCCAUACCUUCUCAGGCACGCCGGCGCCAGCCGAGACUUCGUGAACGGGCUCAGGCCGUUGAGCGAAGUGAAACGGCGGGGUCGCUGGAAGACGGACGCCUCCGUGCGGAGGUACGAGAAAGGAGGAAGGCUGAGCGAGCAGUUUGCGAGGCUGGCCCCAGCCCUCCAGAAGCACGCGCUUCGCUGCCACAGCGUGCUCCCCGAGGUUCUCUUAGGGAGGCUCGCUGCCCCGCCGUUCCUGGCUCGCUAG